CCCCAAGGAGGUCUCCCCAGGGAUGCCCACCCCUGGCACACUGACUCUGGCUCACCGGUUGGCUUGUGGCAACGAGGGCAGUCCUGGGCGCUGCCCGCAGGUCCCUUAGCCAGCCAUGGCGCGGCCGCUGAACAUGGACACCCUACAGCAGAACUUCUGGAAGGAGGAGUACAACAAAGAGCUCGUGAUGCGCUACCGCUGGCACCAGAAGUACGGCGCCAUCGUGAAGGCCAAGCAGCAGGCGCAGAGGGAGCGUCGGAAGAAGGCCAUGGACAACACUCUACGGCUCCCCUCCGUCAAGCCCGCCCCACUGGACGUAACCCCCCAGCGCCCCAUCCCGCCUCUAACGGCAGCCCCCGCAGGGCUGGCGCGGGAACGGGACCUGACCGGGGUGGACGCCGCGAUCCUGGAGAUGGAAAUGAGGCCUGCGCCUCGGGAGUUGCGCAACCUCCUGUACCAGGGCAUCUCGCACGAGGACGAAGGGCGCACGCGCUACUUGAAGCUGCGCCUGCUCUUGAACCCGGAGGACAAAUACACUUUUCCUGUCACCACCAACUUCAACUAUGGCUGGCAGAUGGGUGAGUGGGAGCGAGGGGGCGCGGGAGGGGUGCUGCUAAAAGGUGAAGGACCCCUGACCAUUAGGUCCAGUCGGGGCCGACUCUGGGGUUGUGGCGUUCAUCUUGCUUUACUGGCUGAGGGAGCCGGCGUUUGUCCACUUCCGCAGACAGUUUUUCCAGGUCAUGUGGCCAGCAUGACCAAGCCGCUUCUGGUGAACCAGAGUAGCACACAGAAAUGCCGUUUACCUUCCCGCUGGAGCAGUACCUAUUUAUCUACUUGCACUGGUGUGCUUUCGAACUGCUAGUUGGGCAGGAGCAGGGACUGAGCAACGGGAGCUCACUCCAUCGCGGGGAAUCGAACCACCAACCUUUUGAUCGGCAAGUCCUAGGCUCUGUUUUUUAACCCACAGCACCAACCAAGGGGUUGCAGGAGGGAUGCUGCUGUUUUCGGAUAAAUUAAAUGUCGGGGGGGGGUGUAAGCUGUUGCAGGAAUUUAUGUAUAGGUUGGGUGGGGGUGUUUCCCCUCCAGCAGAUAUCCUGCACAUGCAGCCCACUACCAAAAUCAGCACAAUCGCUUUUGUGACUUUUGUGAUUUGUCCCCACAAAACACCCCAUCACAGUUUCUUCCUAUCUAUUCAAAGGGCCUUUGCUGCACGAUACAAAUGUAAGAAUUCACUGAUAAAUGUCUCUAUGUACUGUCUCACUGGGAAAACUUCAGAAAUUCAUAUAGACAUGUGAGCUCAGCUGCUCAGCAGCCCCUCUGCCUGAGUGAUAAUCCCUGGCAUCCUGAUACCUGAGUGCCAGACAGGUAGCCAUUCCAGAAAGAACCAACCCAGAUGAAGACAAAAGGGUGUGAUUCACUUGGCUGGGAAAUAGGGAAAUGUAAAUAUCUUUUUUGUUAGACUUGAUCGGUGUUUGGUGGAGGGCAAGAGGGACCAUGGGGCAGGGUCCAGGAAGCUCAGAUUACUGCCACCAGACCUCCCCUUUCAUGAUGUAACCGUGAUGUAUGAGUGAUGUAGUUUGGGGGGGUGUAACAUGGGGAUUAGCAGCUAAUAAAAGUUUGGGUUCUCUAUUGUUCGGGGCUUCCAUCUUGUUCCACCUUGAGGAAGGUGGGAGUCCUGUUGUGACAGUCUUCAAUAAAGACCAAGCCUUCUGGCUGCUGUUUUGCUCUGGGAUUCCUGGCUGGUGUCCUUGUCCUUUUUUGUCCAAGGGAGCCUUCAGAUUUCUCCGUUAGCAAGCCCCACCCUGCACAAUUGAUCCCUUGAUGUGGCAAACACCCAUUUGAAUGGCAAUGUCCAUAAGCUUUUGGGGAUCGACUCCCUGAAAUAUUUCAUCGAGGGGGCCGAAGGGACCUCAGCGCAUAGGAGUUGACUCUGUUAUAUGACCAAAUAGGUUCUUUUAUCUGUUGUUUAACAUAUAUGAGACGCCGUGUACCCUAGGAAAGCGCAUCCGGUCUGAAAAGUCUUCUUAUAUACUCUUCCCGCUGCUUUUCUGAGUCUUGUCACUCCUUGCUCCUUGGCGUGUUCUUGGCGGUCCUUCGUCCUUGAAAAAAGCACACCAAGAACUCUGGCCAUUAUAAGUUUCAGCAGUGGGAGAGGUCCCUACUCGCAAAUCAAUAGUCAAUUGUAACAAAACUAUUCCAUUCAAAAGUAUGUAUUCUGACAAGGAUAACAAACUCAAACAGAGAUUACAAACUCAAACUCAUAAGGAUAUGUAUAACACAAUAAUUCGUUACAGCAUUAAAGAUAAGAGUUUAUGAGUAGAGAUGUUCAUGUUAGUCUAUAGUCAAAUUCGACGUGAAGGUCUUAGUUUCAAUCAUUGAGCAGAAGUCAGAAGUCAAAUUAUGGAUCAGAAACCACGACAGGGCCCUGUUUCGAUGUAUUCGCCUUCAUCAGCUGGAAGUAUCAAACAUUACACAAAAAUACAUUUAAAUUCUAAAUUAUUAUAACUUAUGAUAAUUUAGAAUUUAGAUGUUUUAUAACUUAUUUUCUCUAAUGCUGUAACGAAUUAUUGACUAUUGAUUUGGGAGUAGGGACCCCUCCCACUGCUGAAACUUAUAUUGGCCAGAGUUCUUGGUGGGCUUUUUUCUUGGUAUAUUUAAUAACAAGAGGUCCUUUGUCCUUGGCAUGUUCUUGGCAAAUCACAACACUCAUUGCUCGGAACUAGUGCUGAGUAGCUUUUGGCAUGUUUCAACACUCAUUGUUUGCAACUAGUGUAGUAUAGUCAGUCUUUAUGCUUCCUUGCGUGUACCGUUCACUUGGCCGGAACAUGCACAUUCCAUUGGUUCUUUGACAAACACAGUUCGUUAUUAGUUCAUCAACAGCAUCCGUUUUGUGUUGAUGGUCUCCAACCAUUUUAGGUCCAUUCAAACCAUAUCAUUCCUUACAGCUGCUAGGAGAGGAAGGGAGUCCUGGGUGCCCCCUGGAAAAGACUAGUGGGCGGGAAUCGGAUUUGGGUUGCGCAGCAAUGUCAUUCUGGGCUGCCUCCGCAGAAAUCUCGGGGUCUUAGUGGACCACAAGCUGAACAUGAGCCCACAGCGUGAUGCAGCAGCAAAAAAGGCCAAUGCUAUUCUAGAGAACCUGGCAGGGCGGAUGGGAGGGGACAGAAGAACAUCAGGAGAGCGGUUGGCUACAGCUGGGUUUGGCCAAAGGGGGACUGAUCCAUAGGGACAAAUGCCAGGUUCUGCAGUUAGGCUGGAAGAAUCAGAUGCACAAAUAUAGGAUGGGGGACACCCGGCUCACUAGCAGUACACGGGGAAAAGAUCUAGAGGUCUUGGUGGACCACAAGCUGAACAUGAGCCAACAGUGUGAUGCAGCAGCAAAAAAGGCCAGUGCUGUUCUCGGCUGUUCUCCGCCACUUCCCCCUCUGUGGAGUCAAAACAUAUACCAUCAGGUGAAAGACAACAAUCCCAUGACUGCAAUCAUGGAGCAGGAAUUCUAACAGACCAUGCUCUGCCUACACAGCUUCUGAACUGCUGGACACUGCAGGAAGGGAGAGUUGCUCUUGUGCUCAAAUCCUGUUUGCAGGUUUCCCUUGGGGGGGCAUCUCGUCGGCCCCUGUGGGAGCUGGGUGUUAGAAUUCCUGCUCCAUGACUGCAGUCAUGGGAUUUUUGUCUAGCACAUCAUCAUCAUCAUCAUAAUUUAUUAUUUAUACCCCGCCCAUCUGGCUGGGCCUCCCCAGCCACUCUGGGCGGCUUCCAUAGAAACCAAAAAUACAGUAAAAUAUCACACGUUAAAAACUUCCCUGAACAGGGCUGCCUUAAGAUGUCUUCUGAAUGUCAGGUAGUUGUUUAUCGCUUUGACAUCUGCUGGAAGGGCGUUCCACAGGGCGGGCGCCACUACCGAGAAGGCCCUCUGCCUGGUUCCCUGUAGCUUUGCUUCUCGCAAUGAGGGAACCGCCAGAAGGCCCUCGGCACUGGACCUCAGCAUCCGGGCAUAACGAUGGGGGUGGAGACGCUCCUUCAGGUAUACUGGACCAAGGCCGUUUAGGGCUUUCAAGGUCAGCACCAACACUUUGAAUUGUGCUCGGAAACGUACUGGGAGCCAAUGUAGGUCUUUCAAGACCGGUGUUAUAUGGUCUCAGCGGCAGCCCCCAGUCACCAGUCUAGCUGCCGCAUUCUGGAUUAGUUGUAGUUUCCGAGUCACCUUCAAAGGUAGCCCCACGUAGAGCACAUUGCAGUAGUCCAAGCGGGAGAUAACCAGAGCAUGCACCACUCUGGCGAGGCAGUCCGCAGGCAGAUAGGGUCUCAGCCUACGUACCAGAUGGAGCUGGUAAACAGCUGCCCUGGACACAGAUUUGACCUGUGCCUCCAUGGACAGCUGUGAGUUCAAAAUGACUCCCAGGCUGCACACCUGGUCCUUCAGGGGCACAGUUACCCCAUUCAGGACCAGGGAAUCCUCCACACCUGCCCGCCUCCUGUCCCCCAAAAACAGUACUUCUGUCUUGUCAGGAUUCAACCUCAAUCUGUUAGCCGCCAUCCAUCCUCCAACUGCCUCCAGACACUCACACAGGACCUUCACAUGACGGUAUAUGUUUUGACUCCACAGAGUGGGAAGUGACGGAGACAGGAUGUUUGUGUUACUGCAUUCUGUGAAGUGAGACUAUUGUCCUUUGUUCUUUCUCUUUGCUGUCUGAUGCUAGAGAGAAAGGGAGCCAUGUUGCAGUGCUCUGUGUGUGUUUAUAUGUAAAUAAAGUAGAUUAGCCAAAAUGCUGAGUUGCUGAGGUCUGUCACGAAAAGCUGCAAAGACUCUGCGGAUUCCUAAGUGUGCCGAUGUCUGUUGGCAUCGGUCGCUGUGAUGUUUGGGCAGAAGAAAGCUUCUGAAGCUCCCAAACAAAUGACCAGGGAGGAGGGAACAUGCCAGGGUCCUACUCGAGUGUAGGCUGAACUCCUGACACUGGGUGCUGAGAUGUUAAAAUUUGCAAUUCUCCAAAGCCUGAAGCUUUUCUUCUGGGGAUAUUGGGGACAAACGUACCAAAGAAUAUGAUCAAACUAUUUAUGUACACAACAACAGCCGCCAGAAUCCUAUAGGCGCAGAAUUGGAAGGAAGAAGAUGACACAACUAAAGAGGAAAGGCUUGCAAAGCUAAUGGGCUCUGCAGAAUUGGCGAACGCCGGGAAGGAGAGAUCAAAACGGCGAACUCUGCGUUGAAGAGUGGAAACCCUUCUCAGAAUAUCUGGGAAAGAACCAUAACCAUGUGAAAUCGCGGGCAGGAUUUGAAUUAUGAACAGCAGAUUAAAAAUGGCAAGAGAUGCGUCCGAGGAAAUAUGUAUUAGAUUUAGUUUGGCAGGACUUACGGCUGCAAAUGAAACGUUUUAAAUGCGUUGCAAAGUGCAAUACCCGAAUGUGACACUGGAUGGCAGCGGCGAGCUAUGCCAAAUUUAAUGUAUUUUUCGAAACGUUGUGGGUUUUUUUUAAAAGCAUUUUUGCAGCAUAUUUUUUUUUUUUUUAAAAAAAUAUGGGUGUAGAUUCCACCAUACAGUGCAGCAGAACAAGGGUGGGCAUAAAAAGAUACCCCAGAGGUAAGGGUGGAAAGUCGUUUUAUUUUGCAAGGGGGAUGUAAAUUCAUCAUCAAUCUUUAUUACGGCCCAGAGACCCAACAAAUCGUUACAAAGCGAUACACCAUUCAGACAGCCUACCUCCAGGUUAAGCAAGCAUUUUGUUCAGAAUAUAGGGGUCAUUGGUUCUUGCAACCACCGAUAAAAACUUUGCCACUGCUAAUGUUCUGGCGUUUGUCCGGUCUUCCAAUAGGAACCCGACAUAGUGAGCCUCUGAUUUUCCUGGGAAAGGUACCAGCAAGGGUAAUAUCAGUUCAGCCCUGGCUUGCUCAUAUUUUGCACAGUGCAACAAAAAUUGUUUUAUGGAAACGAUGUCUUGAGCACACGAGCAAACUGCAGUUAAGUUAAGAUCAACUGUAAUAAACAAUUUAUCAAUAGACUCCUCCCUGACGGCUUACGAAAAUCUCAUUGAGUCCUUGCAGGAUGUGGUCUCUGUCAACAUAAACUCAGCUGGCAAGCCACGCACUGCUAAAGGGCGCUGCUGGAGUGCCGCACAAAGAAGGAAGCCUUAAGGAACGCUUAUUUGGCCUAUAGUGUAGCCUUAUUAGACUUUACCGAUUGGUGGGCUCUGCGUUGCUCCCGGACAGGAGGAAGGAAGUCAAAUGACACCGAGGGUUGGUUCAGAGAAAGAGUUCUUUAUUUCUGCUCUCCGGAGUAGCAGAAAGGCACUUGCGUGGUCAGUCCACAGCAAGUCCAAAGAAAUGAGAAUUUCAUGCAGUAUAUAUAUCCUCCAGGCACCCUCUCCCGCUUCCCCAGGAAUCCAGCCACAUCAGCUUGUACACGCAGGUUGACAUCACAGAUGUUCCUGCUCCGGUACUCUCAACCAUAUAAGGUUGUUCCUCUUCCUGUACUCUUGACCAUAUAAGGUUGUUCCUGUUCCUGUAUUCCUUAUCUUGGGGUAAGAAGGUCUCCUGGCGCUGUUCCCGGACUAGGUCUGAGCGUCAGAGUGUGGUCAGGAGGUAAGAUAAGACCUAGACGUGUCAUCCCUGCUCUACUGGAACAGCCAAGGCCAUCCUUGCCGUCACGAACUGAUAAAGGAGAGGGCUCUGAGCACUUGUUUAUACAGCCGGGUUUUUGUUUAUACAUUGACUCAGAGCUCAAGUUAAUGGAUUUUAGCUAAGGAAAAAUAGGGAUUUUGGUGCCCGUUUCAAACUGCCUGCACAGUCAGUUUUGGGGUUUUGGGAAACCCAUUCCUUCAAUAGAAACGCUGGAUGUAAAUUGUAUUUGAAGUUAAGUUGCUAAAGUUUUUUUUUUAUUAUUAUUAUUAUUAUUAUUUAUUAGACACUAGAGUAGGUGGGCCACUCUCUGGCCUGAUCCUGCAGGAGGCUCUGCUGUUCUUCACCCUGACCCUUUUUUGUCUCCCCAGGGAAGCUGGCCACCAGCCACAUCGCCCCCACCCCCAAGUGCCGUAUCGACAGCUUCUUCCGCAAGAACGGCGCCUUCUCCCUGCUCCACCCGCGCGACGUGGCCCUCUGAGCGAGACCUGCCUGCUCCCCCGGCUUCGCGCUUGCAAACAAAGCUCUACAUGUUUUAUCACUUGAGUCUCCUUCUCUGGUGCCUUUCCUUGAUUU